UUUUUCGUCAUAUCUUCCCCCACCUCCCACAACAAUCGACCAGUUUUGACCAGGAGGUGGUUAGUGGUUUUCGGAUUACGAUUUGAUUUGACUUGCGUACACACACAACUUGACGACUGUUAUCCAAAAAAAAAGGAAUAGUAUGCAGUUUCUAAUUUAUUCUGUUUUAUUAUUGGUGAUAGUUCGAAGCUCCAUUGCGAAGGACUACGAUAUUGAAAUAUUGCCAGAGAACUGUGACUGCCUGGAUUGGUACGGAGCGUGCAAAGUAAAUGGAAAGAAAUGGGUCGAUGAUGACGUUUGGAAAUACUCUUGUGAUGGGAAAGAACGAUCUGACGCCACAUUUACCGGUUGUCAAGGAAAUGGUGGUGAUGUAGCCGUCGGGCAAAACACGACUAUAGAAGAUUUGUGGCAAGUAUGCACUCAAGAUGCACAGAAGCUGCACUACGAAAUUGAACCUUUCUGUGAGUUCAAUGGUACUAAGAUUCGAGUUGGAAAAGAAUAUCAAGAUGGAAGUUUCCAAUGGUUAUGUCUAUCCACGGGGAGAUGGAUUACGGGCUGCUACUACUUUAACGAAACUCACACCGACCUCUUGCUCCGAGUCGACGAACACGCUUACAAUGGGCUCAUUGAGCACGUUUGCUCAAAACGACAAGAAUAUCCAGCCAUUGUUCAGUAUUACACACAGGUUCGAAAAGACGUCGAUGUGAAACAUCCGACUAAUAAAGGAGUUAAUCGAAACUUCCCGGAGCCCCUCCAAAAACUAAUUGACGAGGAUAUAAACGUCCGGUGGCUUCAUACCUCGUCAGUCCAUUUCAUUAAAAACGAGGAGAAGCCGAGGAGUUACACACGAUUCUUGCCAGAUUCGAGGAUACCGUUGGGAAAAUAAUUUAUGUUAGGAUGUAUAUAAUUUGCUAGAUCUCACACUUAUUCGUAUUUUGCUUUUUUACUCACGUGGUGCCAGGCUGUCCCAUUACGGUUUGAUCUACAAAAAUGCGGGAAUUUUUCGCCCAAAAAAUGUGACGUCAGCACGUUCUUAACCAUGCGAAAUCGGUUGGGAACUCUGAGUCUCUUUUCCCGCAUUUUUUGUAGAUCUACGAAAUGAGACACUCUGACACCACGUGGUCGCUUGAAAAAUGAAUUUUGGCCUUUCUACACAAUUGUUUUUUUGUUUUUGACCUCCGAAAAUUGUGGCAAAUUAUUGAAAUAAAUGUCGUCAGAGUGGCCUAAAAAAUUUUAUAAA